AUGCUUUAAUUUUAAAGUUGUGUGAAUAAUAUAAUUUUAAAGUAAGCCUAUGAAGAGAUUAAAGAGACUACAGAUUUACCUCAGGUUUUGAAACAUUCUUCACUAACUCCUAUGCCAAUAGAGAUGACAGCAUCUUUAUUAAGAAUUAAGUAAUUAUUGCUAAAAGAAAAUGAGAAUGAAUAAUAGAAAUAAAUCUUAUUAAAAGCAGGUUCAUUAGAAAUCAUUAGAUUUAUAAGCUAAUUAGCAGAUAUGUAUACAACAUAAUCAAAAGAUAAAAAUAAAUCUGUAAAUCAGAUUUUGAAACAAGAAAAUUUAAGCCUUGAUUUGUAUUUUCCAUAUUUAAUCUUAGCCCUGAUAUCUUAUCUGAAAUGAGACAUGCUCUUACUCACAAAGAUAUUCCAGAUAAAAAAUUAAUUAUUUCCACAAUCAAUUAUAUAUUAAAUUAUUUAGAAAAGAAUUAUUGGAAUAUAAAAUUAAAAGAGUAGUCACCUAUAUUGCAAAUACGAGCAAAUAUUAAACAUCUUUUAGACUCUUUAAAUGAGGAUGAUUAUACUGUUUAAUUUGAAAUAUACGAUCAAUAUUCUUAGUAAUAACAAUAGAUCAUUGUUAUAUUUUGUUUUGAUUAUUUAAUAGGAUUAUCAGAUUUUCAUAUUGUUCAGAAGGUAUUUAUUUUUAAUUUUCAGAGCACUGAAUAAAGACUUAAGGAUAGAAGAGUUGGUGACUAGAGAAUAAAAAUGAUUUCAAAAUUUACAAUAUCUCUUAUUUAAUUUUUGUAUAAUAACAAAAAUACUAAUCAUGUAAAGAGGUAACUUGCCAGAAAAUAAUAUAUCUGUAAUGAUGAUUCCUUCAUAAAAUUAUAUAAUAAACUUAAUGUGAUUGGAUUUAUCAAAACCAAUAUAAGAGAUUUUAUUAUUGAUUUAGAACAAGAAUUACCAGAACUAAAAUAAAAAAAAAAUCAUUCAUCACUAGAAUUAAACCAAAAAAUUGAUAAAUUAGAUGAAUCAAUUGAACAAAAAUUGGAAUAGAUAGUGAAAAAGCCAAAAUUGAUUGGGUCUUUAUAUUGUGAUUAUGUAAACAAUAUAAAUAACUCAGAUGAAAUAUGA